GCCAUGUCGGCUGGCGGCCCAUGCCCUGCCGAGGGGCCCGGGGACGCCUCCUGCUCCGUGUGGGUCUCUGCUGGCGGGGUCUCCAUGUACCGGUGGCUGGAUGUGCUGGAGAAGGAGAUCGACAAGGCCUUCGUGGACAUGGGCCUGCUGCUGGGCGUGAUCGACCCAGACCAGGCGGACAUCACCUACGAGGGGCAGCAGAAGAUGAGCUCCUGCUUCACGCAUCUCUGCCACAAAGCCCAGACCGUCUCCCAGAUCAACCACAAGCUCGAGGCACAGUUGGUGGAUCUGAACUCUGAACUGACAGAGACCCAAGCAGAGAAGGUGGUGUUGGAGAAAGAACUGCUUGAUUAGCUCUUGCAGUUGCACUCUAUCCAGCUUCAGCUUCAUGCUAAAACUGGUCAGAGUGUUGACUCUGGUACCAUUAAGGCAAAACUGGAAAGAGAGCUUGAAGCAAACAAAAAAGAAAAAAUGAGAGAAGCUCAGCUUGAAGCUGAAGUGAAAUUGUUGAGAAAGGAGAAGAGGCAUAUAGCUGUUCUCCAGGCUGAAGUUUAUGGGGCAAGACUGGCUGCCAAGUACUUGGACAAGGAACUAGCAGAAUGGGUCCAGCAAUUGCAAUUACUAGGCCGAGAUAUGAAAGGACCCACUCAUGAUAAGCUUUGGAACCAAUUAGAAGCUGGAAUUCAUUUGCAUCGUCACAAAACUGUGAUCAGAGUCUGUAGAGGGCAUAACGACUUGAAACGGCUGAUGCCGGCACCACCAGGUCACGAUCAAGAUUCCUUGAAGAAAAGCCAAGGUUUUGGUCCAAUCAGAAAAGUUCUCCUCCAGCCGGGCUCGGAAGAUCAUGAAGGACUUGGCAUCUCAAUUACAAGUGGGAAGGAACAUGGUGUUCCAAUCCUCAUCUCUGAGAUUCAUCCAGGGCUACCAGCUGACAGAUGCGGGGGGGGUCUCCACGUUGGAGAUGCGAUUUUGGCAGUAAAUGGAGUUAACCUAAGGGACUCAAUGCAUAAAGAAGCUGUAGCCAUUCAUUCCCAGCAGAAAGGAGAAACUGAAUUUGAAGUUGUUUAUGUUGCUCCUGAAGUAGAUUCUGAUGACAAAAAUGUAGAGUAUGAAGAUGAGAGUGGACAUCGUUACCGUUUGUACCUUAAUGAAUUAGAAGGAGGUGGUAACCCUGGUGCUAGUUGCAAAGACUCAAGUGGGGAAAUUCAAGUGUCACAAGGAUUUAAUAAGAAGGCAGUAACUGACGCACAUGAAAAUGGAGACCUGGGAACUUCGAGUGAAACUCCACUAGAUGACAGUGCUUCAAAAUUAGAUGAUCUGCACAGUCUGUAUCACAACAAAUCUUAUUGA